AUGGCUGCUUCAACCAAUUGCUCCGCGCCAGAACGGGUUGAAGUCAUCAUGAAGCACGGCCAGCUGGACGAACGGUCAAGGCAGAAUGAUGACACUGAAAACGAUGUCGAGAGCGACUCGAGCUCAUCAGGUAUCUUGAACAUUGUCGUUUCAGGACUAGGACUGUUCAGCGAUGGAUAUAACGCACAGAUAAGUGAGUACAAGGAUACGAUGUCUGCGGCAAUUAAAACCCGGCUGUCAAACUCGUUUCUCAUCGGAGAAAUAUUUGGCAUGCUUUUCUUUGGUGCCCUAAUUGAUCGAGUGGGACGGAGGACAGGUGUGGUGGCAACCACCUUGUUCUUGGUGCUCGGAAUAGCUUUGUCGGCAGCAUCACAUGGAACUUCGGAGCUGGGGUUGUUCUGGAUGAUGGUUGUGGCUCGCGGCAUUGCUGGUUUCGGAGCUGGCGGCGAAUAUCCCGUCUGCGCAACAAGUGCAACCGAGGCAGCCGACGAGACUGCCAAUCUUCGAAAGAAAAAAGGGUUUCUAGUUGCGUCAACGACUGACUUUGCUGUGGAUCUGGGCUUCGUGGCGGCCGGCAUUGUGGCCCUCAUUGUCCUCGCUUGUUUCCACCAGGAUGUUCGAGGCGGUGUAUGGAGAGUUUGCUUUGGACUUGGCCUCGUGAUUCCUGUUGUUAUGUGUUUCUUCCGGAUUCGAAUGCUCAACUCGAAGCAGUACCGCAAACACGCCAUCAAGUCGCGUUAUCCAUAUUGGCUUGUCCUCCGACGAUAUUGGAAACCGAUAUUAGGAACCUCCCUUGCUUGGUUCUGCUAUGACUUUGUCACGUAUCCAUUCGGACUCUUCUCUUCCACCAUCAUCGCACAACUUAGUCCGAACAAUACGACCGUGCAGAACAUUGGAUAUGGGACUGUUAUUAAUUGUUUCUACUUGCCUGGCUGCCUGCUAGGAGGACUUCUCAUGGACAAGGUUGGCAGAAAGCAGAAUAUGACGCUCGGCUUCGUGCUUUGGGGUGUAUGGGGCUUUAUCCUUGGUGGGGCUCUGCGCCCGAUUCAGACAGUAUUUCCAUUGUUUGUCGUCAUGUACGGCAUUUUCAAUGCCCUGGGAGAGAUGGGCCCCGGAGUCUCAACUUUCCUUUGUGCGGCAGAAUCAUUCCCUACCCCUCUUCGUGGCCACUUCCUUGGCCUAGCUGCGGCAGUAGGCAAGGCGGGUGCUUCGAUAGGAACGGAAGUAUUCACGCCGAUUCAGAAUUCGUUCUCGUCGACCGAAAAAGGCCAGCAGGCUGUCUUUCUGAUCGGUUCAGCCUUUACCAUCGUCGGUGCGUUGAUAGCGUGGUUCCUGAUCCCCGAUAUGUCGCGUGAGCUGGAAACCGAGGAUGCGAAGUUCAAGGCAUACCUGGAAGAGAAUGGAUAUGAUAUCAGUUCAUAUGGGGAAGCGCUUUGCGUGGAGCGGAAGGGGGAUGUAUAG